AUGGAAACACUAAAUCGACAUCAGUUUGAAAUACUCGAGCAAUGUUUGUAUUAUUAUUUAGCAGCGGAAGCUCAACGAAAAGCGCAAUAUUUCAAUCCAAUUCAAGCACUUGCAGCUUUCCCACCUGAAACCGGUAAUAUGAAAGGAUCUCGUGUUAAAGUAUUUUUUCAUCAAAUAACACUACAGCAUUUUAUCAUGAAUGAAUUCUUGAAAGAAUUGAAUAUCAAUGGUUAUAUCAUUAUUUUUUGGGAUGAUAAUCGGCUUAGCUGGAAUGAAGAGAAAUGGAAAAUAAAAAAACUGGAAAUCAAUUCCGUUAGUCAUGUCUGGGUACCAAUACUCACUGCUCAAACGUUUGAUACAGCAGUACGUAAUGGUGAUCUAAUGGAGAUACGACGUGUAUCCAUAAAUAAUAACGGUACCAUUCGUGCUAUUAUUAAUUUUUCGCUUCGAACAUUCUGUGAUGAUUCUGAUUUCAAGAAUUUUCCCAAUGAUAUGUACAAAUGUUGCUAUCAGAUCGAACCACAUGUUAAUCAGGGUGGAAUAGACUUUGCCACCUCAGGUCGACCAGUUUUCACAGAUACGAAAUAUUUCCGUGAUUAUGGUUGGUAUAUUUCCGGUAGCAUGCCAACUAUUCAAAUAAUGCAAGAUUCCCGAGUUCCACAGCUUGGUUUUUGCUUAAAUUUAAAACGUUCAACAAAAUCAUUACAUAUCCAAUUAUCACUUCCUAAUACAAUUACAACAAUGCUUUUCCUGUUGACACCUUUGCUGGGACAAAUUCAUUUGCAAAUAUUUGCAAAAAUGUUCAUACUUUUUCUUCAAUUUUCAACACUUCAACUUUAUUCCUUACUUAUUUCACCAUAUUUUGGUUCCUCAUCUGCAACGCCAAAUAUGUUGCGAUUUUUGGAAUUCGCGACAAUAAUCAAUGUGAUUAGUGUAUCUGUUUCAAUUACACUAUGGAUGUGUAGCAAAAUUCGUCGGAAUCUUCCACCAUGGAAUUGGUUGAUAAGGUCAUCAGAAUUUAUCAACAGGUGUGUUUGCGUGUUUAAUUCAACAGAUAGUGGCAUAUCACUGAAUGAAAAUGAUAAAUCAUCUACAACAAAUAAUUAUCAACAAGACUGGACUAAUGCAUUCGUUGCUAUGCAUGGUGCAGCUGUAUUUCUCUUAUCACUUAUCUUCAUUCUUGGCUAUUUGAUGUUAUCAUAA